UUGAGACUCGAGUUUAUUUAAACUUUACGUUGAUUUUAAUUUUGAAGCGACAGUUUUUAUACCAUCAUUAUACUGUUGCUAAAUAAAAUGAGUGCCCUAAAAUUGUUCUGUUAAUGGUCAUAGUAUCUACCAUUCAUGCUUAACCUGUAUAUUGAAAUAAUGAAUGUUUCGAAAGUUCCUCAUCAAAGUUUGUGCAUAUCAUUCUGUCUAUUGUGUUGUGGCGGCGACGUGUGUAUAAGUAGAUCAGAGCCUUAUUGCUGGAAAUGGUUCUGACGACGUCAGUCUCGUUCACAUUAUAAGAUAACUGUUAGUUUGCAUACAUUUAGUUCCGGGAAUAAUGUAUCCUUCUCCGGCGCGGCACCCGGCUGCCGCGGUAAGGGGUUCCCAACCGGCAGCAGGACCUAUAAAGUUUACUAUAUCAGACACCUUAGAACGAAUAAAAGAAGAAUUUAAUUUUUUACAAGCACAAUAUCAUUCGUUGAAAUUAGAAUGUGAAAAGCUAGCUAGUGAGAAAACAGAAAUGCAAAGACAUUAUGUAAUGUACUACGAAAUGUCUUACGGAUUGAAUGUUGAGAUGCACAAACAAACAGAAAUAGCCAAAAGAUUGAGCGGCAUAAUCGGGCAGGUGCUACCAUUCCUUGCACAGGAGCAUCAGCAACAAGUCGCUUCAGCUGUGGAAAGAGCAAAGCAGGUCACUAUGUCUGAACUUAAUGCUAUCAUAGGGCAACAGCAACAACAUGGACUCCAACAGCUCCUCCAACAGAUCCACGCCUCUGGGUUGCCACACGGAGUAGGUGCGGGUGCGCUACUGGGCGCGGGAGGACUCCUGUUCCCUGGCGCGGGUCCUCCAGCUCCACACUUGCCUCCUCCGGCACAUAAGGUUGAGUUGCCACCCCCCGCGGACAUCAAGCCAAUGUUAUCGAGUGCCCCCCCAUCGCUACAUCCGGGACAGCCACCCCCCCGGGAUGAUGACCGCCAUUCUUCCCGACCAUCCAUGAGCCAACAGCAAAGACGCUCGGUAUCUCCGCACGAGCGUGAGCAGAAGUACCGGCCGCGCUCGCCGGAGCAAAGCGAAGCGAAGCGGCGCAAAGAGGACAAGGUACAACAUGUCUCUGUGUCUAGUGACAGCGAUGCUGAAAAGAGCGACCAGGAUUUAGUUGUAGAUGUUGCCAAUGAGUUGUGUACGCAGGAGGAACGCGGUUCGCCGAACGUUCGAGGGGAAACCGAGAGAGCGGAGAACGCACCCCGCCCCGCCUCACGCUGCGAGUCAUCCUCCAGCCGGUCAACGCCCAAAAGCACCAAGGAUGAGAAGCCCGGAACCCCGGUGGGUAGUAAGAAUCGCGCUCCAACACCCACCACGACCGAUCGAUCGAAUCCGUCGGGCCGGUACUUCCCCCCGUACGGCUCGUACCGACCCGCGCUGCCCUAUGAGCACCGAAGCAACGGCAUGCCGCCGAAACCAGCAUAUUCAUACCACACUUGCGGCGGGCCUCUCCAGCCAGUUCCGUUCCCCGCGGACGCACUCGUGGGGCCCGGCAUUCCGCGCGGGGCCCGUCAAGCAGCAGUGUUGCCCCACGGCGAGGUAGUUUGUGCCGUCGCUUUAUCGCUGAAUAAUGGAACGAGGCACGCGUACACCGGGGGCAAAGGUUGUGUUAAGUUGUGGGACAUUAGCAACCCGGGCUCACCCAAUACGCUAGAGCCGCUGUCGCAAUUGGAUUGUUUGCAACGAGAUAGCUAUAUCAGAUCGGUUAAGUUGCUGCCCGACGGUCGCACUCUGCUGGUUGGAGGGGAGGCUAGCAAUCUCUCCAUUUGGGACCUCACAGCGCCCGCUCCUCGGAUGAGGGCAGAGUUGACCUCCUCUGCGCCGGCCUGCUAUGCGCUGGCGAUCAGCCCUGACUCCAAGGUGUGCUUCAGUUGUUGUUCAGACGGCGAUAUCGCUGUUUGGGAUCUCCAUAAUCAAACAUUAGUUAGACAAUUCCAAGGUCACACAGACGGCGCGUCUUGUAUAGACAUAAGUCCCGACGGUAACCGGUUAUGGACAGGGGGGCUCGACAACACUGUGCGCUCGUGGGACCUCAGGGAGGGCCGGCAGCUACACCAACACGACUUCUCCUCACAGAUAUUCUCACUGGGAUAUUGUCCUACAGGCUCAUGGCUAGCUGUUGGUAUGGAGAACUCCCACGUGGAGGUGCUGCACGCCGGCAAGUCGGAGCGCUACCAGCUGGUGCUGCACGAGUCAUGCGUGCUGGCGCUGAGGUUCGCACACUCCGGCAAGUGGUUUCUGUCCACCGGGAAGGACAACCUGCUGUGUGCCUGGCGCACGCCCUACGGUGCUAGUGUGUUUCAGUCAAAGGAAUCAUCGUCGGUGCUCAGUUGUGAUAUAUCGGCAGACGAUAAGUACUUAGUGACGGGUUCUGGUGAUAAAAAGGCGACUUUGUAUGAAGUGUUGUACUGAAGUGAAAUGUGAUAGACUGGAGUUGUGUUAUUAAGUGUUAUUUUUUGUACAUUUUUCGUACAAGAGGACAUUAUUGUUGGGUAAUUGUAUUGACUUAAAUCAAUUUGGUGUUAGACUUUCAGUAGUUUCAUAUCUGGAUCAAUAUUGGAUAACUAUAAAUAUUACUUUAAAACCUGAUAAUUAUUGAUGUAGGGUAAAACUCAAUUUUGCAACAUUGUCAGCCUAAAUAACUUUUGAGCUGAAUUAUUAUCGAAUUGGGUAACACUCAAGAUUGAAUAAAGGUUAGCUCGGGUAACUCAAGUAUCACUUAGAACGAAAAACCUGAGUUGUACUCAAAAUUGAAUUAUUGUUAGCCUGGAUUGCUAUUGAACUGGCUAACACUCAAUCAUAAAUAAUGAUUAGCCUAGAUAUUUUAGAGUGGUACAGAUAGUGCAAUCCACGAAGACGCGCCCCACUAUUCCUCUUAACCGUUUGGAGCAUAGGUUCUCAAGGUGGGCGAUAACGCCCCCUUGUGGGCGUUUGAGACUUUCGGGGGGGCCAGUAGAAGACCCAGAGAAAAUAAGGGGGCAUUGAGAUGGCGCAGAUGGAGCGUGGGUAGAUUAAAAAAUACAGUCUAAAAAGGCAAAAAAUACACGAAAAUACUCUAGAAAAAAACGUAUUCUCAAAGUGGGCGGUGAGCAAAAUAAGGUUGAGAAACUAUGGUUUAGAGUAUAUGUGUGCAAGCUUCUGUCAAGUGUUAUCGGUACACACGCACACUACAAUGAUUAGACUACUCAGGAGAGAGUGUCAUGGUCAAAGUGAAAGAUGAUGCUUCAAUUUUAUAUUUUUUAACCGACUACAAGGAAAGGGUUAUGUUUUUAAUUUUUAGGUGUGGAUAUUUUAUGAAAUACGUGAAAAAGUUUCUCGACAUUUAAAAAAAAUAAAAAGUAGAGCAACUUUCGUGACGACUCUGGACUCAACCAAAAAUUGGUGGGACGCGUCUUCGUGAAUUGCACUAUCUAUAACUAAAACGAUGUAUCUUUUUAAUUAUCAAUCAACUUACACAAAAUUCUAGCUUGUAUGUUGGUAGUUUGAUAUAACUAUAGUAUGGCCAACAAGACCAGAUAAAGAAUGUAAACAAAGUUUCAGGGGUUCAAUACAUUUUCAUCGAUAUCGAUAUACAUCGGUACUGACCGCUUUCCUUCCGUCGACCAACUGUCGCCAUUACUGCGAACUGAUAGGGACAGAGAUAAUAA